CUCUAGCCUCACCUGUGGUUUAACCAGGACAGUAGUCUCACAUAGAGAGAGCUGCAAGGGUGCAACCGCAGCAACCUCGAAGCUAGUCCAAACUAGUGGAAGGUUGUGUGCAAUCCAUCAUCAUCUUCGUCUCUGUACAUCUACCCCUUAUCAAUCAAUCCAUCCAUCCAUCCACCAAUCAAUCAUCAUCCAUGGCGAGAGGCAAGGUCCAGCUCCGCCGCAUCGAGAACCCCGUCCACCGGCAGGUCACCUUCUGCAAGCGCCGCGCGGGCCUCCUCAAGAAGGCUAGGGAGCUCUCGGUCCUCUGCGACGCCGACAUCGGCAUCAUCAUCUUCUCCGCGCACGGCAAGCUCUACGACCUCGCCACCACCGGAACCAUGGAUGGGCUGAUCGAGAGGUACAAGAGUGCCAGUGGAGAAGGCAUGACCGCCGAUGGCUGCGGCGAUCAGAGAGUGGACCCAAAGCAGGAGGCAAUGGUGCUGAAGCAAGAAAUAGACCUGCUGCAGAAGGGACUGAGGUACAUUUACGGGAACAGGGCAAAUGAACACAUGAAUGUUGACGAGCUGAAUGCCCUGGAGAGGUACUUGGAGAUAUGGAUGUUCAACAUCCGCUCCGCAAAGAUGCAGAUAAUGAUUCAAGAGAUCCAGGCACUAAAGAGCAAGGAAGGCAUGUUGAAAGCUGCCAACGAAAUUCUCCAGGAAAAGGUACCGAUUAUAGUAGAACAGCAUGGACUGAUCGACGUAGGCAUGACUAUAGCAGAUCAGCAGAAUGGGCAUUUUAGUACAGUCCCACUGAUAGAGGAGAUCACUAACCCACUGACUAUACUGAGUGGCUAUUCUACUUGUAGGGGCUCAGAGAUGGGCUAUUCCUUCUGAUGGUAAUAACGCCCUGAGGGACUAUUAUUAGUGUGUAAUAUGGUGGUUAUUUAUACUUAACAAAGCUUGCUUUAUGUAUGGGUUUGCUCUGGUACUACUCUGUAAUAUUUAUAUCGGCCAUAUUCCCUCAGGAGUGCCCUUAAGGCCUUAAGUAUUGUAUUGCACUGUGCUUUUACAUUACCUAAAGAACUCUUGAGGAGCUCUGAUGUUGCUAUUUCACAUAAUCAAGACCUUUGUUUGUGUGUUGCUUUGAA